AUGGCACGAAAUCUAAUUACAGAAGCGCUUAAGCUAGUUGUUGAGUUGGAGAAAUUAUGGCGAAACAGUGGUAUUGCACAGGCGAGCUUUGAAGGGUAUCAAGGAGACAUUAGGUUCAAUACAACCCUUCACGCCACCAGCAAUCUAAGGAGGUACAAGGAAUUUGGGAAAUUGAGUCGACUGGCACUGAGAGGAAGCAAGAUGAUCUGA